AGGAAUUGGCCAGCGGUCGUGUAAACGCACAAACAGAAGAUGGGAACGGCGGGCGAGGAUCUGCUGGUGACACUCCAGAUACUACCCGGUUUCUUCUCCAACUGCCUCUUCCUUGCCCUGUACGACUCGGUGGUUCUGCUGAAGCGCGUCGUUUCGCUGCUCAGCUGCUCUCGGUCCGCUGGCUGCGGAGAGUGGCGCCGCAUGCUGACCUCGGCGGGACUGCGCUCCAUCUGGAACAGCUUCCUCCUGGACGCCUACAAGCAGGUGAAACUUGGCUGUGAGGCACCCAAUUCCAAAGUGGUGAAGGUGCCUGAUGGGCCUCGGUGGAGCAGCACCAUCAGAAUCCAAAAUGGGGGUGAGUGCAGACUUCUGGAUUUUGAGUCAUCAGAUCGCCCUCUGGUGGUCAACUUUGGCUCAGCCACCUGACCCCCCUUCAUCAGCCACCUGCCGGCUUUCCGGCAGUUAGUGGAAGACUUCAGCGAUGUGGCUGAUUUCCUGUUAGUGUACAUUGAUGAGGCUCAUCCAUCUGAUGGCUGGGUGGCCCCUCCCAUGGGUUCUUGCUCCUUCAGUUUCCGGAAACACCAGAAUCUGGAGGAAAGGAUGGGAGCGGCACGUCAACUCACUGAGCACUUUUCUUUGCCGCCGCAGUGUCAACUAGUCGCUGACUGCAUGGACAACAAUGCUAAUGUGGCUUACGGUGUGUCCAAUGAACGGGUGUGUAUAGUGCAACAAAAAAAGAUUGCCUACCUGGGGGGCAAAGGGCCAUUUUUUUACAAUCUGAAGGAUGUGCGCCAGUGGCUGGAACAGAGUUAUGGUAGACGGUAGGAGGACUAAAAGUGCCUUUUUAAAAUUCUGAAAACAGAGAUUAUUUGGUUUUGUAAGAAUGUGUUGUGAUGAUAUUCUUUACCAUAAAGCUGUAACGUAUUAUCUUCCAAAAUUUCAAACGAAGGGUCCCUUUUACCAAAAGAGGGGGGAAAAGGGCGAAGGCAAGAGACAACUCAACCAGCAUCUUAAUAAAGUCAACCUCAUCCUCCUCACCUCAAGCCUUACCUCCUGAACUAAAGUCAAGUCUUUUGCAUAAAAAAAAUGUGCAUAAACGUGCGUAUUUAUUUCAGAUUUUGUCAGAGUUACUGCCAGCAGAUCAGACAUGCGACCCAGGGGGUCUCCAGACAGCUGACAGGAGCAGUUAAACAACAACAGCAGUAGCUGGGAUAAUGUUAUUCCAGCUACACAGAGAGGAAAGAUGCUGAGUUUUAUUAUUUCUUAGUUUGGUAAAAAUGUUAUUACAUCUCGCCUGAUGAAUGUGUUAUUGAGACUGAAUCUCUAGAAGACUGUGAGUCAACUGCUUUCAAAACGUGAGAUUACUUUGGAAGGAUCUGUUCUCACUUAAGGGUCAGCGUGAGACAGCCACAUUAAGUCUAGUUUGAUCAUGAGCACUGAACACAAUCCAAAAUAUGUUGUGUAGGCACAGUGGAUACGUACAUACACAGGUUAUGGUUAAAAGCAUCUGAUCACAGCUGCACAUGUACUUUGCAUGUAGACAGAGACUGAAGAAAGCCAGCCCUUGUAAAAAUCACAUUUACAGUUGACUUGCAUUGUUUGCAAAGGAAAAAGCACUUUUGUUGACUUUAUGACCAGAUAUUUUUCCAGGAAGUUUCAUGGGCUGGACUGCAUGGAAAAUUCUAGGCAGACGCUCAGGGUGGAUGAUGGGUAUAUCCAAGUGCAAAAUUGGUUGUCAGUAAAUGAAGAUUGUAUCUUGAGUUCCGAAUGUUGUGUACUGAAUGUUCAAUGGUUUGGCCAAGUCUUGUAAAGUGAUAGUUUGGUUAAACUCUUAAGCCAUGAGUAAACUGGUUUGGGUUAAGGUUAAGUUGCAGCUAGCUACAUGCUAAACAUUCACAAUUUCACAUUUAACUGGAAGUCAUUACCUUUCAAAUCAAGUCUUUGCUUUUGGCUCUCGGUUAGAAGAUAUCCAUUUAGAUAUGCAAUAAAGAUGAACAGUUAAAUAAAGUGGUACUAGUAAACCUAACCCUAGCCCUACAUUUGUCACUGGUGACUCUGUGGAUGUUAAUAGACCUGCUGUUUCAUCUGUGUCACUUCCUUUGCACACUCUGAGAAAAAGGCUUGAAAGGGUGAUCAACUUUUGGUUGAGCAUUUCAUUUGAAGUUAAAAUAAAUAACUGGCAGUAUUAAUGGAAAUGCAUCAGACUUUGAGCACCUUACAAAUGUGGAUAAAAUGACUGUUAUCUCGCUAUUACUCUGACAACAGGUGAGAUGCACUGGGAGCUUUUAGCUGUGUGUGGCUAUAAACAAAUCAGUCACUGAAGCUUUGUUCAUGAACUAUCAAGUGAUCUGCACCUUCGGUCAAAAGUACACCUCCCAACUUACAGAAAAGCUCUGUUUUGUUUUUGUUUUUUCAUUAACAUCUUUUCAAAUAUUCAUUGAUAAAAUACAAUUUCAUCACAUUGGCUCAAAAUGUUUUGGUGUGUCGUUCAGUUUUGUUUUAGCGUCAGAUCUCAGGAUCCUGCAUACAGCUCUCUCUCUCUCCCAUGUCUUGUGAAGAAGAUUUCAUUUUUAAAUUCAUGUUUAACAGUUAAAUGUAGAUGUAAUUUCAGAUUCAUAUCAUUUAGAACUUUGAACAUGAAACCAUAUUUCUCAAAAUAUGAACAGUUGAAGUUCAGUAACUGUGAGGUUAUGGGUGUUUAAAAUCUGUAUGGAACAUGUCCAGGUGAUUCUCUUUAAAUGAAAGCUCCUUCGAACAGAUGCUUUGUCCUGGUCACAGUGACAAAGGUGUGCAAAUGAAAACCUUUGACGAAAGAGUCCACAGCUCAGUCUCUGGUUGGAUAGAGAACAGCACCUGGUCAACGUGACACAGAUCCAAAGCAUCUGUUUUCAUUGUCACUUUGCUAAUGUCUCAAUGACUGAUAUCAAUAGCUCUAUUUUCCAUUCUCUUUACUGUACUUUGCCAUUAUUUGAAGCGUAAUGUAUAUUUUUAUAUGUCAAAGGAAAAAUAAGUGGAAAAUAAACAUGAAUGUGUUCGUGUGGAA